AUUUAAUUUCUCUCUCUCUCUCUCCUUUCUUAAAUUAACUAAUGCUUGCAACAACCCUCCGUCAGUUGACUAGACAGAGUAGACGUCAUUACGUGGCUACACCACAAGCAUUUCAUGUCUUUGACAGAAACGUCAAACUUUUACAAAAGGAACGUGCAGCAGCCGACGUAGAACAAAGCCGUACUGUUGAUUAUCUAAAAGACGAGAUCGCUGCCCGAGUAGCUGAUCGACUUUUGGACAUUAAACGAAAAUUCAAUACUGUGGUUGAUUUGGGAUCUGGAUCUGGACAUAUUGUAAAGCAUGUCAACAAGGAUAUGAUGCAAAAGUUAAUCAUGUGUGACAUGUCAGAGAAAGCACUGAAUAGAGAUAUUGAUAUUCCUUACGAGGUCCAAGUGGAAAGACGUGUGGUUGAUGAAGAACAUUUACCUUUUGAAGAGGAUUCCUUGGAAGCCGUUGUCAGUAGUUUAUCGUUAAACUGGGUCAAUGAUUUACCCGGAGCUUUGAUCCAAAUCAAGAACUCGCUUAAACCCGAUGGCGUCUUUAUUGGUGCUAUGUUUGGCGGUGAUACUUUAUUUGAGUUGAGAACAUCAUUGCAAUUAGCGGAAACAGAGAGAGAAAGUGGUAUUUCUCCUCGUAUCUCUCCUAUGGCCGAAUCCAGUGAUAUGUCUAGAAUCUUGACUCGUGCCGGAUUCACUUUGACUACAGUGGAUGUGGAUGAAAUUCAAGUAAACUAUCCAAGCGCUUUUGAACUGAUGGAGGAUCUUCGUGCUAUGGGAGAAAGCAAUGCCGUUUUCACAAGACGUCCAUAUUUGAAGAGAGAUACACUUUUAUCGGCUGCUGCAAUUUAUAAAGAAUUACACGGUCAUCCCGAUGGUACAAUUCCAGCAACCUUUCAAAUUAUUUAUUUGAUUGGAUGGAAACCUUCAGCAAAUACACCUUUGCCCAAGAAAAGAGGUUCCGCUAACGCGUCAUUGAAGGAGAUGUUGGAAACCAAAAUAGAUUAGAGAUAGUUCAUAAAAUGAAGUUAUAAUUAAAAUCAUUCCUUGUAUAUUUACAAAUAAUAA